AUGUUUGCCGCCGGAAAAAUAAAGGCGAUGCAUGAGACAGUCAGCUUGAAAAUUGACACUUUUUUGGAGAUUUUGGAGGAAAAAUCAAGAAAUUCAGAAGAGAAAUUUGAUAUCUAUGAAGAUUUCCAACGCCUCUCCCUUGACAUCAUCGGAAAAUGUGCAUUUGCGAUUGAUAGUAACUGUCAGAGAGAUGAAACUGAUGUAUUCUAUGUGCAGGCGAGGAAGUUUGUGUCAAGUGUCGAUAUUCGGAAGAGUUGGAUUCUCAUAGCUUCUUUCAUGCUCCCCGAGCUCUCUUGGAUAUGGAAAGCUCUCUACCGAUUCACUGAUUUAGCCGCUGCAGAGAUCCCUCUGAUAAAUGGAUUAUCGGAUAUAUACGAAAGAAGACUCGCCGGAGAAGGAUAUGACAGUGUCGACCUCCUGAAACUCCUUCUUGACAGAGGGAUGUCUAAAAAAGAGGUCACUGAAAAUUGUUUCGCAUUUCUCAUAGCUGGAUACGAAACGUCCAGUACGGCUAUGGUUUAUGGGGCGUAUUUGUUGGCAAAGUAUCCGGAUGUUCAGCGGAAAUUAUAUGAAGAAAUAAAGAAAAUGAAAACGAGUGAUCUGAGUUAUGAAUCAAUUCAUCAAAUGAAAUAUUUGGACGCUUUUUAUAAGGAGACACUUAGAUACUAUCCGCCCGUUAUUCAUUUCAAUGCAAAAGUGUGCCAAUCCGACAUCACAAUCCGCAACCAAUUCUAUCCGAAAGGAUGUGUCGUGAAAGCUCAACCCUACACAAUCCAUCGGUUAUCUUCUAAUUGGGAACGCCCCGAAGAAUUCGAUCCGAAUCGUUUUUUAUUCUCCGAAGAAAGUUCAAGUAAACUGAGAUGGAUCCCUUUUGGUAUCGGACCCCGUUACUGUAUCGGGAUGAGGUUCGCUGAGAUGGAAUUCAAGACAACGAUGGUGAAGUUGGUGGAGAAGUUCGAGUUGGGAAUAAGGGAAGGGGAAGAUCGAGAUUUGAUUCCGGAAUGUGUUGGUGUUAUAUUAAGACCAAAGGGACCGGUUAGGUUGGAGUUGAAGCUGCGGUAA